CCGCUAACUGGUGGUACUGAUGACGGCGGUGUUGGUAGUGACUCCGGAACGAUAUAAUCAGUGUUGGCGAUAGUGUGGUGGUGUUGGUGAAGCGGGCAUCAAGUGCCUGAUCUAGGAAAAGUUGAGAUCGGAGUAACAUCUUGUGGGGGGUUUUUAUCAUCGUCGAGUACCUGGAAAAGUCAGAUGCUCCCUGACCAAGGCAGGUGUGUCGGUUUGGAUUUUCACGCGUUCCUCCAUUAUAACAUCUCCAGUUAAACUCCCGCGUAUAAUAUUCGUUAAUUCAGCUAGAAAAAUCCGUUUACCCCGCAUCGUGUGAACAUACGGAUAAGUUACUGUAUCUCAACAUCUUUAUCAAGCAGAGAUUAAAUUUUCGUGUCGUGUAACUGGGCCUCUCUACUCCAUGUCAUACAAACACACACGAGAAAUUCUACUCCAGUUCUCGCGCGAAUAAACGACCGGCUGACGUGAGAAAGGUGAUACAUAAUAAAAAAAAUGCCGCUUUAAUAGGGCUUAUAAGCCGGUAACGCGGUGGUGAAGCGUGGUGCUGUGUCGCGCUGGUGAUAGUACCAGCGUUAUUACUUAUUGUGUAUAGUGGGUGGUAAACUACUGAAAUACAUCGUGAUAGUAACGUUAAGAUGGCUUCCGGCGCUGGUAAUGUGCCCCAAUGGAAAAGGGAUCUCAUACAGCGUAGACGACAGCAGAGUAAAGUACUCGCUAGCAAUGGAGCUAGCUCGAAGUUAUGUUCGGCUGUUAUUGGAGCCGGCAAUAGUAGUAAUAGUAGUAAUGGUAGUCAUCCUCAAGAUAACAACAACGAAUUCUCAUCAGGUCCAGUUGCACUACUCCUCGGACAGGACACCUCCAAUACCAAUACAUUAUCCUCGUUCUCGGCGCCCUCCUCCACCCCAUUUUCUGUACAAGCAGCCGACGAGGAUUGCUGUCCAGCCGGUAUUCAUGGUUCCAAUUCCAGAGUUGCCGUAGCUGGCGCCACUGCUCCCGUCAACGGCUCCGACCACGGAGACACUCCAGUCGCGAUCAACAUGCGCCUCGAGGCGGAUCUUAUAUGCUCCGACUCGGAGGACGCUCCUCGUGUAAACAGAAACGAGAACGACGACUACGAACAGGCGCACCUGAAGUACGUAUCGAAGGUACAUCACGAUAACGAUAAUAGCAGUGUUGUGGAAAUAAAAGUGAGGAAUAAAGAGUUUAAAGCAGACUCUACGAGGAACAGUAUGGAUAAUAACCUUCUUAGGAACAGAAUACCUAGUGAGGAUGGCGAAAGUGAUAGCUCUGAAGAACUUCAGUAUGGACCUGGUAUUGUGAAUAAGCUCAAGAGCAAGUACCUCAAUCUUACUCUGAGGGAGACGAGUAAGUCUAGGAGUUAUGUACAGCGGUUUAGAAGAGCUGCUAGUCUCGAGGAUCUUCUGGAUUGCGAUGACGAACCUAGUGACAAGUCCUGGAGGGAUAGCAACGAGAGGCAGUUCACUAAGAGGACUGCUGUUGUCAAAUCGGACCGAUACAGAAACGCUUCAAGAGGUAAUGACUCCAUGAAGAGAGCCAGAAGUGUGGAGACGUUGUUACGCUACAAUUCCACCUCGGAUGAUGUCACUUCGCAUAGCGUACCAAGCAGGUUCGUCGCCAAUGCUCUCAGACAAGAACCUAACGAUCACAUAAUACUCGUCGACAGGUCAUCCGUGAAAAUUGAGAGCAGAUUGGGUGAGACUGACAGACCCAAGGCUAUUAACAAACCGAAAAGGAUCAAGCCCGUUUUAGCGGAGACCGAGAGACCACCACCAGACCUAGUAAAGACCACCAUGAGGAUAUUCGAAGGUUCUGUAAAGAAGCAUAAACCUAAAGGUGAGGUAGCAGUCAAGGUUGCAACUUUUAAAACCAUUAAUGACACUUUCAAGGCUCAGAAUCAAAAGAAAAUCAUUCCCAAGCCGCCAUUACAACCGAAGCCUUUUGUAAACGGUAAUACCAAGACGCCGGGAUCACCAAAGAAGACGUUGAUUGUUCAGCAGAAACCUACCGCAGAGAUAAUUGAAGAACUUAUCGACGGUCAAGAACAUCACAAUGACGGUGUCAUCACUGAUCCUAUCGUUCAAUCUGUAUCGUCAGUCGUCAGCAAAUUUCAGCAAAUCGAGAAAUCGCACUCGCCAUCACCAUCACCAGAGCCAGCAAGUAAGCUCAAGUUCUCCCCUGUUCCGAGUCCUGAACCAACUAUACCCAAGCUCAAGUGUUCAUCAGAUACAAAGAAGACAGUUCAACCACUUUUGGUGAAAUCACCGCCAACGUCACCAAGGAUCUCACCGCCCCGCGUGACAUCUCCUGCCUCUCCAAAACGAGAAACCUUUAGACAACAUUCCACGCCGAUGCAGAAACCACCGAGUCCGAGUCGUGAACUCUUUCGGCAAUCCUCGGUACCGGAUACGAAGUGCACGAAGACAGAUGGCAUGAACACGAAGACAUAUGUAGAAAAUAUAUCUCAAAUGAUACCUGAGCGAAUAAAGAGUCCUGAUAUAGAGAAAAAGGAUACCAUUAAAUUGGAAGAAGUCGAAGAGGACCAGGAAGACGUCGAUGGUACCAAAACCAUCUCCAAGUCUGCAUUAGAUAACAUUAGCAAAGCCGGUACUACAUUACAAUUCAAGUUCAACGAUAAGUCAACGAUCAACAAAAAUUACCUUCCAGGAUCCAAUCAAAAUUGUUCCAAACUUCGUGAUAGAAUACCGAUCUCGAAGAGUGCUGAAGUGAAGACAAAAUUCUUGUUAGGUACUUCCGUUGACUUUUCUGUACCAGAAGAGAGUCCUGAACUGUCAGCCAGACUUCAAGAGCAUUCUGAAUCUGAAAAUAUUGAAAAAAAGGACGACGAUAUUCUGGAAGUUAAGCUAAUCGGUGCGAUUUCCAGUCUAGCCCUUUCCAAGAACACCUCAAAUACGUCGCAUUCCCAGAUCAAUGAAUGCAAGAACCUGAGGUGUCAAAAGGUGGACACGAUCUCAUCGACUUCGUCGCCCCCCCAAAAACAAAUCGGCAUCAUUCGACCUUUGGUUUCGACAAAGACUCAUCUAUCGCAGCAAAAUUUGAGCAAUCGAGAAUUGGAAAAAAAUUUAAUUAAUCGUGUCAAGAGUAUAGAACAGCAACAGCAACAACAACCCACAAAGGUCGUGGUCAGUCUAAAAAGUGCAGAGGAGAUACAACCCGUGAAAAAAACGACAAGUUCCGGUGCUAGUGCUGGUGGCGGUGGUGGCUUAUGGGAUGCAAAACCAUGGAAUCAACAAAACAACACCAUGGUUUUCAAUUUUAGUAACCGCAAGGAUGUUCCCGAUUACAUUGAAAAUGAUGGUCUUAUAAUCAGACGGAAACGGGAAAAACCUAAGGCUGGAGAUGGUGGAAUCAUCGUCCUGGAUUCCACGCUCGACAGCUCCACCACUGACGAGGCCGAAUGGGAAAUGACCGGCGGACCGCCGUCGCCCUGCGACGUCUCGUUCGCCAACGACAACGUUCUCAUAAAUGGCCAUAGUAAUCUCUCCAGGCAACCAAGAAAUCACAAGCAUCGGAUACAGUUUGACGAUACGGCUACGAGAACGUUCGAAUAUCCCAGCGAGGCUUCUAUGCUCGAAUUCGAGGGCACCAGUGUCGAUGCCGACACUUCCGUUUCCGGUGAUCAGUCGACGGCAGCCACGCUCGGCAAUCGAUCAGCAUCUACAAGUUUACCUUCGUUACUCGGUGGAGGUGGACUAGCCAGCUACACACCGAGCAAAGUGGAUCUGGUGGCGGAAGGCUUCGAGCUCGGCGUUACCCGCGCCCUCGUCACAACAACGACGAUAUCUUCGGGUUCAACCGGUGCGUCGCAACAGCCGGAAAGCCUGACAGAAGUGGAUUAUUUGAAGCCUACGCAAGAUGGCGAAGCUUGGGGUUCCGAAACGACCACCGAUAUGCUUUUCUGAGUGAACAAUGUCUCCCAAGGAAGACCUCUAUAAUUUAUUUUGAAUAUUCUAUAAUAAUGAUAACGACGAUAAGCGAUUACGACCCUGCAAACUUUAAGCAGGAUGAACAUAUAUAUAUAUAUACCUCCUCCUUUUUUUUUUUCGAAAAAUUUGAGCAUUAAACGUAGUCGGGCACGUGUGAACGACCAAGCGUAAAUAAUGUUAAACAGUAUCAUUCCAAGUAUAUGCAUUUAUAUUAGUAUUUCAAUGAGUAAGGAAAUGACCUCACGAUGACGCGUUUUCAUGUCGAUUUUGUGAGGGUGAUUACGCACCGUUGCGAUAAACUAUUUCCUGUAAUACAAUGAAUCAUCGAAACUGCCAACUAGGUUCGCAUUAAUGGCGUAAGAAGCGAAAUAAAGAAACUUAGAGUGCGAGGUUGAAUGUUGAACUAAGGAAAGUCAAGAGAAGAGAGAAAAAACGAGAAUUCAAAGAAAAUGAAAUAUUUGACUCUUCGGUUAUUCGCGAAGAAAGUUUAUGUUCAAUUUACUGAAAUAUAUAAAUACAAGGCACAUAUCACUGUUACCAGCAUCAUUGUACAUUUAAUUUUCUUCUUCCUUUCGAGGUUUUUCUUUUGGAUUAUUUCGUUUUCGUUUAUUUUUUUUUAAUACAUAAUUGUAUAUUACCCGCAGGCAUCGAGUCAACGAGUACAAGUGAUUUUAUGUGCCGUUUCAUGCAAUUUAAUAUGAUCUUUUCCUUUUCUCGCUGCUCCUGUAUCGAACUCUUUUCGUGAGAUUAAAAGCUUUUGUUUUGUUUUCGUCAAGUCGCUAAAAAGUCCAUAGCGUUGUGUGUAUUGUACGAUUAAAAAUCGGGUCGCAUAGCCGUCAUGAAGUUAAACUUACGAGUAAUUAGGAAUUAAUGAGGGUACGCGUGUAUGUGUGAGAAUGAGACAAGGAAAUUAGCGGAAAUUGUUUUUGCGGUAUGUGUAUGCUUGUAUAAAAAAUUAAAAAAGAGAAAAAAGACAUUCGUCCCGCCCUGUUCUCCCAUUCCCGUAGGCCGAUUAGAUAUAAAGAAAACUGCCAAAGUAGGGCCAUAAGUGUCACCUUAGAGUAUUUAAGGUUAAAUGGCAUCACCCAAGAAUGGCGUUUAAAGAUUAAAAAAUUGUAAAUUUGACUGCACAGCUCAGAAGAGAAACUUGGCAGGAAACCGUUUAUCGUUUUUAAAAGAAACGCGUUAAUUUGAUCGCUUAUAUUCAUUCCAUGCGGAGUUUCUGUAUGCCAAAGCCGUUUUCCUUUAUUUUUAUUUCUUAUUUUAUUCUUUGUUCGUGUUUUGUUUUUGUCUUAAUUCAAACAUCUAUUAAACAUUGAUAGUAUCAUGUUACAUUGUUCAUUUUUCCCUUUAUUUUCAUUUCUUUCGAAUUUACUAACAUUAGCAAUUGUACGCCAGAAGCACCAGUGUGGAGAACUCAUUUAUUAUAAGUGAAUUCUGGAUGAAAUUUGUAUACAUAUUACAUUAUUAUUCAUUUUUCGAAAACGACUAGAAUUCGAUGCGCCAUUGUCGUUAAAAUGUAUCUUAUGUCCUGAAAAAUAGUGUUGAAAGAAUGAAUCAAGUGGAACAAUAUGAGUGAAAAAGGAAAAUAAGACACGCCACAAAAAACGAUGAAAAUAGAAUAUUAGCUCUUUAAGAUAAAAAUAUUCCUUCAAGUUUUUAUGGAAAUUAAUUUUUAAAGAAAAUAAGGAUGUUCUUCCCUUUUUUAUGUUUUCAUUACGAUGCCUGUUAUAAGCAUUUAAUUGUCUUUGAAGUUUCAUUGAUUACAAUAGUUAAUUUAUCGAUGUUUGAAUCCAAAUUUUCAUGUUUGUUUUUCGCCAUAAAGUCAUUGUUUAUGGGAACAAGUUAAGAGUUAAUAUGUAUACAACGUACACGUUAUUGAUAUAAUACCUUCAACACGUAAUCUUUAUUACUGCUAAGCUGUAAUAUUUUUCAUUUUUCGAGAUUUAGCCAGAAAUAUUUUGUCUCCAUAUUCAACGUACAUAACGCCAUUUGCCAGGGACGUUAGGCUAAAACAAACACUUGGCCACAACAACUUCCGUAUUCCUAAAAUGGUAUAAAAACUAUAAAAUCGUUACAUAUAAAUUUCCUUGAAGUGAUAAAAUAUAAGAAUAAACUGACUAUCCCGUAAAAUUAAUAUGAACUGGUCUUGUACCAUACAGUAUAGGUAUAUACAUACAUAUAAAGAGAUCUGUAAUCACGUACAUACAUGUCCGUUUAUAGUGUUAUUAUUUUCCUAAAAAAAGAUACGUCGUUUCCGUCUUUAUUUGGAAUUUUACUUUUUGGGAAAUUUUGGCCUCCCGUUCUUUGGAGUGCAGUUUGAAAGAUUAAUAGAAUGUGAGUAAUCUGAAUAAAUGUUGAUAUAUGCAAUAAGUAUUAUACCUAGGUUUAAGAAUUAAUACUUCAAACAUGGAUUCAUAUUGACAUCUUAUAAACACACUUACCAGUUAGAAUUUUCGUGUGAUGUAUCUGUCCUGUGUGUUAUAAAAUACUAAAGUAAUAAAACUAAUACACAUGUA